AUGCAGACAGCCCUUCAUCAGCCCAUGGGGAUGACACUCUUGGCUGAUGCCGCUACUUCGUCCCUCACGGCUCUCAAAGGCUCUACCACAUCUUCUGCUUUAACUUCGUUAACCGUGCCUCCGGAGCCUGCACGGACGGUCGUCACAGUCUACACUCCGGGGCAGGAGGCCAUCGUUCAACUGGUCGCGGAUAUCCUCGGCAAGCCAUGGACCACCGAAACCUCGCUGUCUACGUUUGGCCGGGGCAGCAAUGCUGUCGUCGUGGGGUUUCUCGCCACGGAAGAUUCCAUUCCAAGCUUACAAGUGGAUGACCAGACGGCCUGUGUUCUGGUCAACACGCAUUGUGUCGACGAUGGAUCGUUUCCGGAUGACGCACUCACCGAGCGCUGCCAUUAUGAGUUCCUGUACUCUUUGCGCAGUCCUUUCUUUCGCCGCGACCUGACGCGCUUCUUGUCGCUGAUCCUGGGCCAGACUCGGCCGCAUGAGGACCUGAAGACCAAGAACCGGACCAACUUCAUCUCCACGACGUUUCCGGAUGUGCAUGCGGCCCUGCCAAACCUCGACAUUCUCUCUGUGGGGUCGGAUGCUGUUGAAAUCCGCGUGGAUCUGCUGGUCGAUCCUGAACCACCCCAGGGGGCUGAGACAUCCGUGCCGAGCCUUCGCUACGUAGGGCAGCAAUUGAUGUUGCUUCGGCAGCAUACGGAGUUGCCCAUUAUUUUCACCACCCGGUGCACCAAGGAGAACGGCAAGUUUCCGAUGGAUGACCCGAUGCUUUUCUACAAAUAUCUCCGGCGGGCGAUUCAGUGGGGAGUGGAGUACAUUGAUGUGGAGCUGUGGUUGCCCGAAGACAUCCGGAGACGGCUGUCAGAGGUCAAAGGAAAUAGCAUCAUCAUGUCUGCGUUCCACGACUUCUCGGGGGCGUGGAAGUGGACGUCGCCAGAGGCACCCCGGAUCUUUGCGGAAAGCGCCAAGUACGCGGACAUUGUCAAGAUGAUCGCCAUGGUGACUACGAUCGAGGCCAACUACGAACUGGAGUACUUCCGAUCGACGAUCAAGGGGACCUACGGGCCCUACCCACUCCUCUCAGCGGUCAACAUGGGUCAACUGGGGCAGCUUUCGCGUGCGCUCAACACGGUGUUUUCGCCCAUCACGCAUCCGCUACUGCCGAUGAUUGCCGCGCCCGGCCAGCUGACCGCCGCCGAGAUCAACGAGGCCCUCCACAUCAUGGGACAGCUUCCCAAGCGGGAUUUGUACGCCAUUGGAUCCUUCCGAUCCACGCCGCAAUCGAUGUUCAUGGAGAAAUGCUUCAAUGAGCUCAGUCUGCCGCACACGCUGACCUCGAUCGACCGGGGUCCCUCGGGCUCGAUCGAGCGGGUGAUCACGCAGCCGAGCUUUGGGGGAGCCUCCGUUCACCCGCCAAUCACCAGUGGCACGAGCAGUAUCCCAGCCAUCAGCGAAGCAGCGCAAGCGAUCGGGCUGGUGGAUACUAUCGUGGCGAUGCGGGGCUCUGGGCGGCCACAGCAGGCACCAUCGCCGCAACAGCAGUUGAUGGGGGAGAAUGCGACGUGGAAGGGAAUUCGGGCGACGUUGACACGGGACUAUGUGCCGUCGGCGUACCGGGGACGAGCAGCCAUCAUCUUAGCGGGGAGCGAGAGCGAAGCAUCGGCGACGAUCUUUGCGUUGCGCAGUCUGGGAGUGGGCGCGAUCCACACGGUCGGGUUUCGGGCGCGCGGCCCGCUGGCGGAGGGACUGGAGCCGUUUACGUCGAUCCAAUCGGUGAAGAUGGUGGAGCAGCCGUUUGUGAUGGUGUCGGCGCUGCCCCCAGAGAAGUCACUGCUGGUGCAGCCGUUGCUGCGGCACUACCGGACGAGUGGACGCACGUCGCCGCCGUCGACUCGGGGGAAAGUGUACCUGGACUUGACGCGGGGAGAGCGCACGGGGGAUCCCGUGGGGGUUGCAGUGCGAGCAGGCUGGACGGCGUAUGGGAUUGAAGAUGUCGAUGCAUGGACGACGGUGGAGACGCUGCGACUGCUGGUGGGACAGAAUGUACCGUUUGAUUUUGUACCUACACCAACUCCAUCCUCUCCAUCCUCUCCAUCCCUCCUAUGCACAGGCAAUGCCAUGUCCCGCCCCCAGGUCAGCAUCGACCGUCUCACUCCCCGUCGCGUCCAUGCCGAACCCCGCGAAUCAAUGAACUGCAAGUCUUGCAGAAAACGAAAGGUCUUCCAGUGUCCAUGCAUCUAUGGUCUGGUCCCUCUUGUCUGCCACUCCAACCCCGAACUUUUACUCAUUCUGCUAGACGCCGUUCCCAAAAAGCGGGGACCCAAAACCGAUGUCCUGGAGGCCCUGUUGAAGCGUGUCGACGGGCUGGAAAAACGCCUCCAGGAAGACUCGCCGAUUUCCCCUACCUCGGCUACUUCUCCCGUCAAAUCCAUGGACCAGCAACUGCUGCCAUCCGCCUCGACGCCAUUCCAGUUCCCCCCGGCGCCUCAUGGCUUUCCCCCUCCCCCGCAAUCGCAGCCGCCGCCGCAGCAACACCGGCUGCCGGAUGCCAUGUUGGACACCUAUUUUGCUCGCCUACAUGGGAAGCCCUAUUGGAUUCUGGACGAAACGGCGACCCGUCAACGACAUCAGCAUGGACAAUUGCCGGUGCAUUUGUCUAUGGCCAUUUAUGCCCUAACUCUGAGAUAUACGACGCCGAAUCCACCGCAAGGGAGCCUGGAGUAUGCUCGUCAGGCAAGACGGCUGGUCGAUAUUGACAACCCGUCUAUCGAAGGGACCCAGUCUCUGCUAUUGCUCUGCCAUACCUUUUUCGCCUAUGGGUGUGGCAAAACAGCCUAUAUGGUAUUAGCCAAUGCGGUGUCCAUGACCCUGGCGUUGGACUUGUAUCGAGAAGCACCCGCAGCGCUGCCCGCGGCAGAACGCGAGAUGCGACGGCGUCUAUUCUGGACCGUCUACGUGAUGGAUCGCUUUCUCACCUGUGGCUCCAAGCGACCGUGUCUUAUUGCCGACCAUUCCAUCGUCCUGCGUCUUCCGGGCAGCGGGUCUGAAACGGGCGAAUGGUUUAAUCCGGUCGGCCCUAAUAUCCACUACUCCCCGGAUCGUCGCAAAGGCCCUGGUGGCCCGGCCCUGUUGGUCGACAUUACGCGCAUUUUGGGCGUCACGCAUCGCUACCUCGCCGCAGGAGGCGUCAAAGGCGACUCACACUUUCCCUGGCACGCCCUCUCCAAUCUGUCCAAGAUCCGCCAGGAACUCGACCUCUGGGCCGCCGGCACACAGGAUUUGUUUGCAUCGAUCGAGACGCUGUUCGGCCAUCCAGAGAGCACGCUGCUGCUCCUGAGCAAGCUUAUCUACCACCUCGUGCACUGUCUGCUCUAUCGGCCCUUCCUCCCCAUCGACCUGGUCGAGCUGCGCGGCACGGGACAGCAUCAGUCGUGGCAGAUCGAGGCAACGACGCUCUGCUUUUCGCAUGCCAACGCCAUCGCCGAGCUGGUGGAGCUGGCCCGACACGCGCCACGCAUCGAGUGGCCCGCCCUGGUGGCAUACUGCGUGUGCACGGCUGGCACCGUACACGUACACGGAGUCCAUUACCACGGGCGCGAGGGCGAAGUGUUUGCGUCGAGUGCAGACUUUCUCGCACGCGAGAUGCACCAGCUGUCGUGGCUGCGGCAGUACUGGGCGGGGGUGCAGCACCAGCGGGAGAUGCUGCAAAGUAUUUCAGCGUGCCAUGCCGAGCUGGUACGGACAAUGGCGGCGCGACCGGUGCGGUUUGCCCCGGUGUUCCACCUCGAGGACUUCCUGGACCGGUAUCCGGGGCUGGCCGUGGAUGGGGCGCAUUUGCGCUUAGUGGACGGAGACGAACCACUCAUGUACCCUCCCGCAUCGACUCUACCCUCCCAAGGCCGAGGAUCCAUCAGCUUCCAGCCAUCGCCGACAUGGCCACAACCCGAGCUCGCUCUACCCGAAAGCAGUCUAGGCUUCUCACCAGGGGUGAGCAACUCCCCUGCACCAUUCCUCUCCGACCCUUUCACCGCACCAACACCGCCCGCACAGCCCCAGUACGCGACGUUUCCGUUUGAAGCCACGCCGGGCGGACCGGCACUGACGCCGGACGCCCCGUCACAAGGCAGCUCCAGCGCCACCGCAACAGGCACAGCUGCAGGAGCAGCAACAGGAACGGGCGAAGGAGAAAAAGACCCGUUUCUGAGUCUGCUGGAGCAGCUGGCAGAAAACGAGCAUUCGCAGGGCGGACCCAGCGAGCUGGACUUUUUCCUGGGCGAGGGGCUAGAUAUGGUGAUGCCCGAGGUGGAGGUGGAGAAUCCUUGA